CUCUUCUUGACUCCCUCCCCCCGAAACCUCGUCAACUGUUAUACUUCAUCACAUUUCGUCGCGUCUCUCUCCCCCCUCUGAUUUUUUCCUCACGCAUUUAUUCCUCCUUCAUUCUUGGGACGUUUCUAGGGUUUUUUUUUGACGAUGGGGAAGAAGAGCGCGAAGCUGCCGGUGGAGGAGGUCGACGUGUCGGCCGUCAAGUAUCAUCAGCCCACUACGGUCAAAGCUCCGCAUUUGAUGGGAUUAGCGCAUAAGAUGUUUGUGUGGCUGAUCGAACUGCCGAUCUUGGGGGCCAUCAUACUAGAGGUGUACAAGAGAAUGAAUAACAAUUUUAACAAGGUGCUGAGGAACACUGUGAUUCCUGAGAAGCCCAUGUUUCGACCCGAGUUUCCGCCUCAAGAGAAAGAACCUGGUGUAGUUGUUUUGGACGAAGAUAAAGAGCCUACCAUCCGUUUGGCAUCAGCCCUGCAGUGUCUUCCCCCCUAUGAUUCUUCUCGGCACUGGAAUCAUGAUUCCCCUCCAUUCCUUUAUUGGACCAUCCGUGACUAUGCACAUGCUUACAGAUCUAAUCUCACAACUCCAUCAAUUCUUGCGGAACGUAUCAUUUCAGCGGUGGAAAAAUCCAACAAUAGGAAGCCUCCUAUGUCAUUUCUAGUAUCUUUUAAUGUGGAUGAUGUGAGAAAGCAAGCUGCAGCUUCUACACAAAGAUUUUCGGAAGGAAACCCUUUAUCAAUACUAGAUGGCAUAUUUAUGGCGAUUAAAGAUGACACAGACUGCUUCCCUCAUUCAUCGAAGGGUGGUACCACAUGGCUACACAAACUUCGGCCUGUCAAACAAGAUGCAGUUUGUGUUUCUAGGCUGCGAAGCUGUGGUGUCAUAUUUAUUGGGAAAGCAAACAUGAAUGAAUUGGGGUUGGGGACAACUGGAAAUAAUCCAAAUUAUGGAACAACUAGAAAUCCACACUCAACCGACAGAUACACUGGAGGGUCUUCCUCUGGUCCAGCAGCAAUUGUAGCUUCUGGAUUAUGUCCAGCUGCAGUAGGCACAGAUGGUGGAGGUUCAGUUCGAAUUCCCUCUUCACUAUGUGGUGUUGUGGGUUUAAAAACGACUUUUGCGAGAAUCGACAUGAAAGGGUUAAUAUGUGGUUCUGGUACGGUUGAAGUUGUUUCUCCACUUGCAGCCACAGUUGAGGACACCAUGCUUGUGUAUGCUGCAAUGGGUGGCUGCUCGCCAGUUGAUAGAAUCAGUUUAAACCCGUCAGCUCUUUGUUUGCCAAAUCUGUCACCAUCUGUUAAUUUAGACAUCCUGAGAUCCACACGACUUGGAAAAUAUUCAGAGUGGUUUCAUGAUGUUUACUGUCCUGAUAUCUCCACCAAGUGUGAGGAUGCUCUCAAUCUACUUUUAGAAUCCUUUGGGUGCAAAAUCACAGAGAUAACAGUGCCAGAGUUGGAAGAAAUGCGAACUGCCCACCUUGUUACUAUUGGUGCUGAAUCAUUGAAUGGAUUGUAUCCCAAUUAUGAGGAUGGGACUUGUUCCAAAUUAACACUUGAUACUCGAGUUUGCUUGGAACUUUUCCGUACGUUCUCUGCGGUGGAUUAUGUUUCUGCACAACGACUUAGGAGAAGGUUAAUGUACUAUCAUAUGGAAAUUUUCAAAAAGGUUGACAUCAUCGUAACUCCUACAACAGGGAUGACUGCACCUAAAAUACCAUUAAGUUCUCUUGAGCACGGGGAAACAAAUUACGAGGUGACAGGUUACCUUAUGCGGUUUAUACUGGCAGGAAACCUUCUUGGGCUUCCAGCUGUUACUGUUCCUAUUGGUCAUGACAAGGAAGGACUUCCUAUAGGCUUGCAACUAAUAGGCCGUCCCUGGGGUGAGGCUAGCAUGUGCGUGUGCUCUUGCUGGGUUCCCCCCCCCCCCCACCAUUAG